CAAAUUCAUUUUUUUUCGCAUCUGACUACAAUGAUUACGGUGAAUAAUUGUUUAGACAAUAUUUAUACAAUCAAUUCAGUUGUAUUACUGUGAAAUGAAUUUUUGAUAGUUUUUCGUGUGAAUACGCCAUCGCAAAGAUUCUCUUUUGGCAAAAGCUUGACCUAGUGCACGUAAAUUUGAAUAUUUUUUAUUUGCUGAGAUAAUUUCGACUGGUAUACUCUGAGACUAAUUUAGUAUCCAUGACAAAGGCGCAGCAUUCGUCAAUAAACAAUUGAAAGCAAAUAUACUAACAAGUAACAACAACACGAAAGAAAAAUGAUAAACAAAAGUCAAUGCAUAUACAUGGUUGCGUUCAAACAGCUGUAACUUUCGAGAUAGAGAGAAAGAGAAAGGGAACAACGAUCGAUUAUACUAUUAUCAAUGUUUCGUUCGUAAACAAUCUUACGUUUGAUUUGAAGCAAAAAAAAAACUCGACAAAGUCUGAGACAUAAACAUACGUUCAUGUAAAUUCUAACGACAACUGUUUUUCAAUUGUACCAUCGCGUGAAAAAGACGUCGAUCUCCGUUUGAGCAAAAUUGAUAGAAAAACGGUUUGUUUGACAAAAGGUAUUGUGUGUGUUUCUGAAUAAAGUACUAUCACAUACACACAUAUACCAUAUUCAAGAGAGUGUGAAAUUUGAGAUCGGCAACAAUUGAACAAAUAGCGCACAUGUAUGCCUUUGCAAAUACGCAAUGGAUGACAAAUUAAGUAUUAAAUCAUCGGAUUCGGUUACGACAAGCGGCGAAUAUGAAAUUGUCCCCGUUGGUGAAUUAGAAACGCAAAGCACACAAUUGCUCGGUACGUCGCCAACUCUGAAUAUUGCAAACAACGGAAAUUUCAACGAUUUGGAAAAAAAUUUAACCGAAGUGAUUCAUGAACUGGAUAAUAAUACAACAACCACCACACACACUAUAGACGCAUCACAGAUCACAGGACAGUCGACUAAAAUUGACACGGAUUCUCGACACACUGCAAAUAAAAUGGAUGAGAAUAAUACAAAGAGCGUCGUAGUUUGUGAUUCAAUGCAAUUGGAGUCCAGUAGAACUCAAGCUUGUUCACCCGACGGAACAGCAAACAAUCAAAUCGACAUGAAUAAAGUGGGACAAUCCGUAUUCUAUGGCCAUUUGAAUCUUAGUCCGAUGGCCGAAAAACAGGACUUUAUGAAACCAGAACAAAGUGACACCGAUGAAGAAAUGUCAGAUAUUGAUCAAGAUUGUACAGAGUUUUCAGGCGUAACAUAUCUCGGUUCGGCGAAAAUAAACGCACCAAAAUCAGAGAAUGAAAUUUUACGAAAUAUCAACGAGAUGAAUUCACAUUCACAAUCGAACGGGAUGAAAGUGUCUGUUAGCAUUCCGUCGUGUUCUGAAGGAUAUGUGGUAUUGCACGAUAGUGAAACAAAUGCGGUAAUUCAUCGAUAUGAAGUGAGUCGAAUCAUAUUUUAUUUCCGAGGUCCACCAGCUGGUCAGGAUCAGGCAUGCUUUGCAUUUACAUUUCAAACGGGUGAAACAAAUGAGUUGAAUCCAUUAUUUCAUUGCCAUAUAUUUCGAUGUAAUAUUCCCGAAGCCGUUAAUCAAGUUAGCAGUUGUUUUUCGAAAGCAUUUCAAUCGCCAAUGUCGGCCAGUAUGACAGCAAGCGUUAUGUCUGGAUUGGGUGAUAUAAAUAAUGCGAUGACGUCAUCGAUUUUGUCGGAUGUAUCGGGCAAUCCAAUCAAUGCAGCUGGAUAUGAAUUUGUGGUGUCGCUGCAAAUUCGUGAGAAAAUGGCAAAGACAUCGUACAGUGCGGUGCCACGCGAUCGAACCGGUUUUAAAUUGCGUGCAAAUACCGACAAAGAGUUCACAAUUACAGUGAAUCAAACGCCACCAUCAAAUUUUCCAGUUCUAUUCAUUGACAGAUGCUUUGGCGUGCUAUUAAAUCCCGGAAAAUUGGUGCGUCAAGCUGACAUGAAAUUACUCGACAUGGUAUCGAUGGGCUACACAAAAACGGAACAUCAAUUCAGUCAGAGUCAAACGUCAAGUAAUGCCACACCAUUUUCACCGUACAUAAUACGAGCCGAAUGGAAGGCAAAUGACAAAAAUUUCGAACAAUUGAAUGUUGAAUCAAGCAAAUUGAGUAUAACAAUUGCCGUUGAUUUGGUGAUUCGUGGAAUUCAAGAACCAGUACGGUUUGUCAUUGAAACGGCCGUAAUGAUUCAUUCGCAGCAUGAAAUGCGUUUGAUGGAUGUGUUUAGCAGCAAAAAAUCGAUGUCACAACGUUUUUAUUUGCAAUUGAAGGACAGCGGUGAUGGUGGAUGGGAAGUAAGCUCAAUCGAUCCAUCGGAUGAAAUUGUUGAACCGGCCACAUCGACACACGUACAACCGUCAUCGAUUCUAAAGAAUUGGGGCUUUAAAUUAGUUCGAUCACCGAGCACCAUUUCGAUUGAACAAGAUGAAAGUCCAGUCGAUUACGAUGAUUCGGAUGGUGAUGAACCGUUGCUUAGUGGCACCGGCGAAGAGUGUAUUCCACAAGAUAUAUCACAAGAAGUGCUCGACGAGUGGUGCCCAAUUAUGACAUCGGAUUGGGAUGGAAAACGACCAAAGAAUCUAUCGCAUUUAGUGCGAUUGGGAAUACCCGAGAAAUUACGAGAUAAAAUGUGGCAACGAUUAAGCGGUGUUGAGAAUAAUGCCGCUCUUAUUGAUGCAUAUCGAUUGUUAUUGACAAAAGAAACCAAAUGCGAAACAGUCAUUCAACGUGAUAUUAAUCGAACAUUUCCGGCGAAUAAAUUUUUCAAAGAAAUUGGCGGCUCCGGACAGGAUGCACUAUUCAAAGUAUCUAAAGCGUAUGCAGUUUAUGACACCGAAGUAGGUUAUUGCCAAGGUUUAACAUUUAUCGCAGCCAGUUUAUUGCUUCAUAUGCCCGAAGAGGAGGCUUUUUGUGUUCUAGUUGCACUUAUGUACGAGUAUAAAUUGCGUGACUUAUACAAGGACGGUUUUGUAAUGCUCUCUUUGCGAUUAUAUCAAUUGAAUCGUUUGAUAAAAGAUCAAAUGCCAAAAUUACACGAACACUUUGAACAAUUGGGGGUCGAAACUCACAUGUUUGCGAGCCAGUGGUUCUUGACAUUGUUCACAGCGCGCUUCCCGCUCUAUCUAGUUUUUCACAUUUUAGAUGUAUUUUUCCUUGAUGGAAUACAAAUUCUCUUCCAAGUUGCGUUGACGUUGCUCAAUGAAUUUGAAAACGAACUACGAACAUUGGAUUUCGAAGGAAUAUUAAAGUAUUUCCGUGUAACAUUGCCGAAACGAUGUCGCAGCACAACAUUUGCACGCAAACUCAUGAAGAAAGCCACCGAACGUAAGGUAAAACGAUUAAAGCAAUACGAAGACGAAUUUUUGGCACAAAAGGAAUUGGCCGAAAAGAAAGAAGCUGCCACGAAAGAGUAUGAGCUGCGUUUCGAUGAAGAACGUACCAAAUACAAAGCGGAUAUUUUAAUGCUACAAAGUAAAUUGAAACAAGCCGAAGAUAAGAAUAAACAUGAAGUGGAACGCAACAAAACUAUCAUCGACGAUUAUAAGCAGAUUAUUCAACGACAAGAACAACAAAUCACAAAACUAAAAGAUAAAAGCGCAAAAUGCACCAGCUGCUCAUCGGACGAUGUGGAUUCGUCGUCGGAAUUAAGUGAAAAAAGUGAGAAAUUCGGUUCAAAGCAAGCGCUCAACAAUUUGGGUCCGUUGGAUCCAUUGGAGAUCGCUUCGAAGCAAAUAAAAGAGCUCGAAUUGGCGUUAGCACAGACAAAACUGGAUUUAGUCGAAUCUCAAUGCCGAAACCAGGAUUUGACCCAUCAAUUGAAUACGCUGAUCGCUGAAAUACAAAGUAAUCGCAAUAGCUGGCAGCCAUGGUUGGCCAAAACUAUAAGUUCAAUUCAGGAGAAAGUUGCAUCAUCGAAACGUGACACACCAACAUUUCAAUCAUAUACAUCACAAUCGACACACACAUCAAAUAACUCAUUGGAACAAAACCAGCUCUCACCAAGUUUGCGUCCAAAAACUCUACCAAGUCCUUUAUCUAGCACUGGUCGAUUUAGCUUAGACUUUAGCCGAAUGGAUAAUAGUCCCACAAACAUUCUUAAUAGCGGCAACACCAAUCAGAAGUAAUCGUACAAAAAACACGUGCUAAUGCCAAUUAGAAAACUACAAAAAACAACAACUUAUUGUUUUUUUAGUAGGAUGCACCAAAUGCAAAGGCUACAAUGCAAUCUAUGUCUAAACAAAAUAAUACAAAAAACAAAAAUAAAAUGUUUUUAUUUAAGAUUUUCAUAUUGGAAAUGUAUACAUAUAUUAUAUACGAUUAC